AUGUCAGCGAAGGAGGUGGUAGGUAUGGUUUGGGGGGAAAUGGGCUCACAGGUCAAAAUGGGGUACUGUGCUGAGCCUAAUUUAGCCAAAGGAGCACAAGUUCUCUACCCCCUAGAAAAGACAAUGCAUAUAUAUCUCAGGAAAUGAGUCAGGGGAAAUGGAGGGGGCUGUUAAGGCAAGCCUGGUGUUUUGAGUGGAAUUUCAAAGUCCCUACGGACUAUUAGGGGUUCAUGAUAUUCCAAAAUUAUGCAUUAUGACUCUCUGCAUUCAAAUCAACCUAUUCCUUACAGCUGCACUCAACCAACCACAUUUGCUCCACCCUGCAGUCUUCUGACAUUCACAUUUCCAACAGCCACCUUUAGCCAGUCAGCUAAACUGGGGAAUGCUCCCCAUUUUAAUAUCCUUCCAGCACAUGAAGCAACCACUUAAUUCAACUGAUUUCAUUCCCUAGGCAGCGAUGUGGUCCAGAUGUUACUGGACCACACACUGUCCCCACCUAACCCCUGUCUACCGUGUAUUGAAACUGUGUUCAGAAGCUCCAUUACUUGCACGUUUGCCACCCUGGCCAAAUGGCAGGCCAUAAAUUUAACAUAUACACAAUAAACGCCCCUGCCAUUGGCUAUGCCAUCUGAGACUUGUAGAAGUUAGGCGUCCACAGCAUUUACCCAAUCAAAAGUGCUUCAGCUCCAGCCCUAUGAAGUAUUAAAACACAUGCACUCAGUCUACAAAAUAAUUCUCUUACAGUGAAAGCAGCAGAUGCCCUACUGGAAUUUUUUCACUCAGCUUCCUUUUCCUCCUGUUUUUAGCCUCCCAUCAGCAUGACCAAAUGGCAUCUUCGUCACAGCUGCUCCUAUUGAGAGGCAAUAAUUCUCUAACCCUAUUAAUAACUGCCUCUGCUACCCUACCUCUGCUUCAGAGUAUCAGACGAAGUGUGUAUUACACACGAAAGCUCAUACAUUGAAAGCUUAUAUUUAGUUGAUAUUUAAGGUGCCACUAGAAUUAUUUAAAAAGAUUUUUUUUCAUCUUGUUAUUUAUUAUGCUACCCUAGUGUAAGUAAGCGGAGUUCCCUAAAGCUACUGCACAGGCCUUUUCUACCAUUUUAAGCGUCGCCAUGGCAACCCCUGACAAGCACAAAAUGGUGGCGGGAGGCACGCAGCCCCGCCCACCCCCGUAUGCGCGCGCUACUACUAGCCCGCACCAGACCUAACCCUACCAUACCGAACCCGACCCGCUUUUCGGCUCCAAGGGAGGAAAAGGCUCGCCUGUCGUAAAAAGAACGCGGCGAAGCGGCAGAGUGCGGAAGUGAGCGACGAGGAGAUCGAGAUGCGCACGCGCCGGAAUCUAGGUCAACGGAGCUGUGCCCGCUCGCGCAUGCGCCAGAGGGGAAGGAAAAGAAGGCGAGGGUGGGUGCGGGUCAGACGUUGAGGCAGCUCCUCCUCCAGUCCGCCGCCGCGGAAGUGACUGGGCUUGUUGUGGGGUCGAGGUGGCGCCGCCGACUUGUUUUUCCUUGCCUCCCUCCUCCUCCGCCUGCCCGCCCGCCCGCCACUCGCGUCCUGGCACGAGCCUUCGGGAUUCUGAGGUGAGGGGAGCGCGGGGCGGCCGCCUUGGGUGGGGCGGGCGGCAUUCGCUCCUGCGCCACAGACGCAACAACAAGGCCCGUUUGGGGGGGAGGGCGGGGGGCCGCGGCGGAGAAACGGCCGCGCGCACUUUCAGGGCCUGAAAGGCGUCGGGAGCGGUGGAGGCGCGGCUGAGCCAGGAUGCAGGAGAGAAGCAGCCGCCUCCGCCGCGAGUCCCCAUUGGCCUGGAGGGCGGCAGUGGGGCGCCCACCAGAAGUGCGCGGCGGGGGGCGUCCGUUGGGCUCCCUCGAGCCUUGCUUCCCCUGGCAGACCUCACGAAGCCUGUGGGGAAGUCGGUGGCGGCACUCGAGGGAGGGAGAAAGAAGCGCCUUUUGGUGGUGGUUUGGGAGGGGGGGCACGAGGAAGAAGCAAAGCCGUAGCCUUCCUAAAUCAGAAAGCGAUGCUAGUAAUUAGCCCUUAGCCCCCUAAUGCACCCUGAGCUGAAAAUCUGCUUCUGACGUAAAAGAGUGCGCGUCCGUGUACGCCUUGAGCGACUGUUUAUAAACAGCCCUGCAGCUGCUGACAGGUAAAUAGACUUAUCUGCCUUUCGUUCGCCUGUCGGUGUGCUCGCAGCCAGUGGGACAAAAGGGUGCAGUUGAUGCGCUUUCGGUGCUGGAAGCCUUUUUUUUUUUUUUUUUUUUUGCCAGGAAGAUUUUUUCAAAGGGAGAAAAGGAAAACCAUUAACCCACACAGCUAGUAUUGGGCACCUAAUGAGUUGUUACCUGAAACUUAAUAUUUUGCUCUUGUGGCUUAGUACACGGGCUCUUUUCUUCGUAUGGGAACGUGAAGUGUUAACUUGACUCAAUUCUGAUUUUUGCCCAGCAGGUUUUUAAAAACAACGGUGUUGAAUGAAAAAUCUAGGGACCUUGAUUGCAAGUUGGAGUGCUUAACACUAGGCUGAACAAACAACAGUAGGUAUCUCUUUAUUUCACGAAUAACUGCAGGAGCUCAAAUAUGAGAUUUGUUUGCUAAAAAUGUAUUUUCUGGUAUGUAUCCAGUGCGCUUGUCAUUGAAAGACAGCUUAAGAGUGGUGAUGUUAAACCCAAUGUCAAUUUUCUUUCAGAUGGUAGAGAUUUUAAGUAUCCUGUUUGAUUCUUUGCUUAGUUCUUGAAGAUGGUCAGUUUUUCUACACCAAUUUUCUAUGCAUCAGAUAAGGAUAGUAGGACUGUUUACAUCUUCACAUGGAUUUUACUGCAGAACUAUCUAACAUAUAUCUGAAUCUAGUGUAAAAGGUACAUAGUCGCAUGGUAAACAAUUGUGUGGAAAUGUGCCAACUAUUUUUUUAUUUUCAUUGCUACCAUCUGAAGAUCACAGGGCAAUAUACAUCUAGAAAUGGCAGCUGUUUUUAAAUGACUUAUAAAGCAAUAUAACAUGAUGAUGUUUGCACAUCAUUCUUAACAGCCAUUACAUGUUGUUUCCUGUUACUUCAGUCCAGAAUACAUUAUAUUUCUAUUUCCAAAACAACCCUCAGUUUACAACCCCCAGUACGUUUCCGAGCACAAUUCAGAGUGUUGGUGCUGACCUUUAAAGCCCUAAACGGCCUCGGUCCAGUAUACCUGAAGGAGCGUCUCCACCCCCAUCGUUCUACCCGGACACUGAGGUCCAGCACCGAGGGCCUUCUGGUGGUUCCCUCAUUGCGAGAAGCAAAGCUACAGGGAACCAGGCAGAGGGCCUUCUCGGUAGUGGCGCCCUCCCUGUGGAACGCCCUCCCACCAGAUGUCAAAGAGAACAACAACUACCAGACUUUUAGAAGACAUCUGAAGGCAGCCCUGUUUAGGGAAGCUUUUAAUGUUUGAUGUAUCACAGUAUUUUAAAAUUCUUUUGGAAGCCGCCCAGAGUGGCUGGGGAAACCCAGCCAGAUGGGCGGGGUAUAAAUAAUAAAUUAUUAUUAUUAUUAUUAUUUGAGACAUUAAAACCUGUAACUUGGUUCUCAGUGUCUAAGUUAAUACGACUGGUAUGCUGUCUUCAUGUUAAAUAGUUGUUGGAAUACAAGAUGACUUUAAACCUGUAUAAUGGAAAACUAAACUAUUGACGAUACAUAAUAUAUAUGGUAAUGUGAGUUAUUAUGGGACAACUUCUUUCACCUGAACCUAUUCUCAAUUAUUUCAACUGUCUGUGUUUUGGAUUGGACAUUUUAUCUUGUCCUCUUUCAAAACUGUACUGUGUCAUGACAGAAUUGAAAAUUGGUGAAACAAGCAACCUUUAUAUGGUGUCAUUUUCCAGCAUAUCAGUUUGACUUGCAAAUGGCAAAGUUUGUGUUCAUGAAUUCUCUGAAAAUACCAUGAAUUGGGUCAAGUCGUCCACUGUGUUUACACAUGCCACACUACACUUACCAAUUUCUAUUCCAGCAUUUGUGCUUUAGCCAGUUUGAGAUCAUUGGCUGAACCUCUGAGAAAGGGCAUAUUCUCUUAAUUUCUAAAUUGUACUUAAAACUCCCUCAUCAAAAAAAGAGGUGUACUACUUUCAGAUCUAGAAUUCUUAGGUUUUUGUUAGAUAUGGCACUGUUUGGAUUUUGUCCUGAUCUGGUGUAUGGCUUUGUGCAUGAUCAUCUGAAGGCACCCUUGAUUUUUAUGAAAUUAUGCCUUAUAAAAAAGCAUAUGAAAUGUGUGCGUCCUUUUUAAAAUACAAUUUUUUUUAAAAAGAUGCUCUGCAGAGUCACCGAAACUGCUCUAUAAAUGCUCAAUAUUCAUUAAUCGGUUUUGGGGUCUCUGCAUGAUAAAUAUUUUGUUUAACAUUCUGUUUGUCUACUUUUUAUAUAAAAAGAAAACUAAAUCAAAGUAUUAUAUAAAACAGAAUAACCCGUUACAUAAAACCAUGUUACAAUUAAAGCAGAACUAAAAACGCAGUUAGGGAGUAUAUGGUGAAAAGUGUGUUUUAAUACAAAAGAAUUUAAAAAGCAGUUGAGUCUACUCUUCAGGGUUUUAUUUUUAAUAGGAAAUUUUGGGGGAAGCGGAAAGAUUGUGGCUUGGAUUUUAUGUACUGAUGGAAAGAGGUGUGCAAUGGGUGUCUUUCCUCCUUCUGAAAAGCCUCGCCACAAGGCUCAGGGGACUGAGAUUGCUGAGGGAAGUCACCAAAGGCACAUUGAAUGAGAAUGUUGUCUACUCUUGGAAGGUGCCUCCACCUUCUUGCAGUUACCUUCAGUCUCCUGUGCCAUAGCUCACCCUAUUCAGUUGAGGCAUUUCAGGGGACUGCUAGGGAGAGGAGAUGGAUAAGCCAUCUUCCGCUCUCCCCCUGCCAUCAGGAGUUGGAUUCAAACUGUUGUGUAUGCAACAGCAGCAUCAGUCCUUGGGGAAGGGGGUGGGGCAGAACUGUGGUGGCAAAACUCCAGAUUGCUUUUGUGCUCAGGAGGUAUUUGUAGUUUAAAGGGAUCAGUUUGGGGAAUCUAUAAUGGCACCUUAUGAGAAUGAAUGCUCAUAAUUUUAAAAAUAAAAAGGUACACACACUCCAGGAUCUUAUCCAUAAUUUAUCAGGUGUAGUGAUGAAGUUAUAAGGUGUUUGUUGGAUUGAGGAUUGCAGAUUGAAUGUUAAACAUUUUCCAAUCCUAAAGCUGGAACUUGGUUUCCUAGGAAGAAGAAAAUUGAUUUAUUUGGUACAGUGGUACCUCUGGUUACGAAUUUAAUUCAUUCUGGAGGUCUGUUCUUAAGUCGAAACCAUUCUUAACAUGAGGUGCGCUUUCGCUAAUGGGGUCUCCUGCUGCUGCCACGCUGGUGGCGGCACGCGACUUCCGCUUGCAUCCCGGGGCAAACUUCGCAACUAGGGGCAUCUACUUUCGGGUUAGCGGAGCUCGUUACCCGAAGCAUUUGUAAGGAGGACAGUACGUAACCCGAGGUUCCACUGUAUCUUCCUCUCUCUGUGUCAGAAUAGGUGAAAAUCUGAACUCUGUGCAGUUGUAGUUCUUAAAUUCCCACAUAUUAUAGGAAGAUUACAAACUCACUCUGAAAUUCUGUUUUGGCAAACUAAAUUAAAAUUUCUUUGAUAUUUUACCUAGCCUAGAAGUGCAAGCAGACAGAUGUGGGUGAUUGACUCAUGGCCGCAGAUAACCCAGUUCAUUCAUCCAGCGUUAACUAUAAUUUGGACACAUUCUUUAGGUAAGAGAAUGCUGGUACAAAAAUGUAUUGUAUAGUUUGCUUUGGGUUUAACAUUGCCAUAUUAGUAAUAGCUGAAUGUUAUCCAUAAAUAUUUGUUCAUUGAUGUACUUUCUAUGCUUUGUGCAGCAAUAAACAGGCUAUCUAUGCUAUGAUAUUCAUCAUGUUCUGUUGCUAAAUAAACCAGAAAUAUGUCUUCUGUAUGUUUUUGAAAUAAAAUGCAAAAGAAAUAUCAAGACAACAACUGCAUUUCAAAGAAUUAAUAGUGAAGAGUAUUUUAAUUGCUGCAAUGAGAUAUUAAUGUAACUUUUUGUCCAACUGUUACUAACUUUUAAAAUCUAGUUCCAGAUGUCUGCAUCUAAUAAUGUACCUACAACCAAAAUACUGCCUUAAUAAUUAAAAUACAGUGAUACCUCUAGUUACAAACUUAAUUUGUUCCAGAGGUCUGUUCUUAAUAUGCAACUCUUCUUAACUAGCGGCGUUCUUUCGCUAAUGGGGCCUCUUGCCGGCACACAAUUUCUGUUCUCAUAUUGGGGCAAAGUUCUCAACUCGAGGUACCACUGUAUAUUCAUUCGAAGAGUGCCUAACCAGAAUGCCUAACCUGAAUGGGAGUUUUACAACUUUUGAGAAAAAGAUGAUUUGCACUUAGCAGUCUGCCAGUGAGAGACAGUUACGAUCUCUGCCUUAUAUCUUCCACUCCUUGUACUUUAGUUAUCUUCUGGGCAGCUUUUCUGUGAGCCAAGCUGAAAGAAUCUGGCCCAUCCUUUAUUGGUCAGAGCUGAGUUCCUGACAUCCUCUUCUCUCUUUCAGGGAGGAGUCUUGGGUCUUAGAGCAGAUUCCCAUCCAUGUUACUCAGAAGCAAAACCCACUGUAUUCAUGGGAGUUUAUGUUCCAGUGGUAACUUAAGGAGAGAGCUGCUGGAUGAGACCUAAGCUCAGCAUACUGUUUCCCAGCAUGACCAGCUAGAAAGUCCACAAGCAGGGCAUGUAGAAAUAGCCCUCUCUUGUAUUUGAUCCUGAACAACUAGUGUUUUGUGUUAGGGAUAAAUAAUCAUCCUAACAAGUCAUUGACAGAUUAUCAUUCACCAUAAGCUAAUCACUUUUAAAGCCCUCUAAAGUAGUGAUCAUCACCAUAGCUCGUGGCACCCAUUUCCUUUAAUUAUGCUUUAUGUGAAGUAUUUUAUUUUUUCAGUCCUAAAUCUAAACAGCUUCCUUGGAAACCGUUAGAUCGUUCUGAGAGAGGGAGGAAAGAACCCUUUCUCUGUGCCCUUCUUCCACAACAUGCUUAAUUUUUAAAUCUUGUCAUAACCCCUUCCCUGGUCACCUGUUUUCUGAAGACCCCAAAUGUAGUUGCAUCUCUCUUUAGAGAAGAUGCUCCUUAUCAGCCUUAUUCUUGAGUUUUCGCAUUCCUGAAUAAUUUGAUCUCAUGCACUUAACUCUAGGUUAUAUACAGGUAUGAAAGAAUUAGAAAGUAUUGGCUCAAUACUACUUCUUAGGAGAUCCUACAUUUUAUUUCCUUCCCUUGUGAGAACUGCUUUCCUCCCAUAUGUAUAAGUGUCCAUAGGAUUGCAGCCUUAGUUCCCUGUUUUGCACAAUACUUUUUGGAGUAUCUUUCCCUUUUCUGAACUUUGCCAAACUGCACAGAGAUUCAUUAGAAUCUAUUAGAGCCGUUGCAGCUUUCCUACAAAUGGACAAAUUUAAGAAGCAAUCAUGGGAAGAAGUCAGCAGUACUGAAUCCCAGCUUCAAAACUAUUUUAUGAUUUGUUGCUGGGUUGGCAUUCAAUUCCAAUAGUCCAAAGCUCUUUCAGGGCUUUUAAUUUUCCUGCUUGUCGCAAGCAUGUUAAUACAAAUUGUGCUUAGCUUACAGAAUGGAAAUUGCUUGGUCGGCUUGCCAGGCAGGCUUGCCUUGCUAAUAAGUAUUGAGGGGACAUCCCUGACCUGCUGCCAUUUGCUGCCCUGUCCUCUGUAUCUGGUUUCAUUCCGAUAUAACGCUGAGCCUGGGUGAACCUUGAAUUGUUUAUCAUAUUUUUAGUACUUAAACAGUUGUAAUUUUCUUAGUUGAAGUAUAAAGGCAUAUGUUUGGAUAUAGUCAGGUUUGCAAAGCUUUUAUAAACUGCAUCGUACAUUCUUCUGUGUCAGAAGUCUCGCUCCAUUGGCGUUUUUCUUUCAUGAAAUUAAUCAGUUCCAGAUAUUUUGAAUUUCAAACCACUAGUAGGAAGUGAUUUACUUGCACAAGUCAUAGUUCCAAAACUUAACUGAGUCCCUCAUGGGUUUCCUAGACUUGGCAGGUCGUUUUUUUCUUUGGUGGAUGACUUCAUAGGUCAGCCAUUCUUCUAGGACCCCACCCUGCUCUAGAGUUAAGGAAUCUUUUCACACAGACAGGAUGACUCAUCAAUGGGAUGGCUGUUCUGACACCUUAAAGGUACUUGUGUUAGACAGGAAUUUCCACAUUCUCUAGAAGUAUGUGUGCAAGUGCACCUCUAAUUCAAGGCUAGGUGACUUGUACAACUAGCCAUUAAGCUGUAGUUGACUUAACUGGGGGGGGGGGGGCAAGCUUGAAUCUAUUUGGAAACACUUUGGUUCACAUGCAAUGUUUUUGUCUUAACUAUUAAUUUGUUCAGAGGAAAGUACCAACUACAGCUUUAUAAUUUCUAGAUGUGCAGAAUUAGUCGUUACUACAGUAUUGCUCUGCAUUCCGGUCAAACUGGCUGCAUGUAUGUAACCUGAAGCAUAUGUUAACACAAGGUACCACUGUAAACCAUUAGCUGUGAUUUAGCAUGGUAUGCUAACACUACCAUUGUCACAUGCUCUUAUUUGUUUGUGAGGUAGAUUAUAAAAUGAAUACAGUGGUACCUCGAGUUACAUAUGCUUCAGGUUACAUAUGCUUCAGGUUACAGACUCCGCUAACCCAGAAAUAGUACCUCAGGUUAAGAACUUUGCUUCAGGAUGAGGACAGAAAUCGUGCAGCGGCGGCAGCAGGAGGCCCCAUUAGCUAAAGUGGUGCUUCAGGUUAAGAACAGUUUCAGGAUAGGAACAGACCUCCAGAACGAAUUAAGUACUUAACCCGAGGUACCACUGUACAGCAGUUGCAGCUUUAUAGUUUGUGUCAUUUUAUAGCUAUAUAUUUUGCUUGCUUUGUCAACUAAUUCUCAGAAAACUAUACUAUGAUUUUCACAGCUGAUUUAGAGAUGAUACUGUAAUAGUAUCUGAAUAUUAUUACUAAGACUGUAGUCCUAACUUUGCUUACCUGUGAGUAAGGCCUAUUCAGUCAGACUUACCUCAGAGUGGAUUUGUGUGCUGUAAAUUGUCCUUGUUUGCUAGUAAUGUUUUGGUGAUUGGAGGACGCAUUUAAUUAUCCCAAUAAUUAGCAGCCAGGGACUCCAGCAACAUUCUUUGGGGAACCCCCCCACCGCUUGCCUGCUAUUCAUCUUCUCUGAAUAUAAGUGUUUUUUAGAGCAAUGUGAACCUUCAGCUUCAAUAUACUAUUUAUCUUUCCUCUGGAAAAACACUGUCUUUCAGCAUUUGUCUGCUCUUUAUUUUUUUUAAAAAUGGAUUACUUAAGUGGUCCAGGCCUUCGCCAGGAUUAGAGAACCACUUGUUCUAGAGCAGAAAGGUUGAUGAACUCCAUCUUGGCUCAUGCUUAAGACCUCUUAGCUUAAUUACCCCCCCCCCAAAAAAAACCCCAGCAACAUUGGGUUACAUAGUGAGUGCUCGUCGUACUCAGAGUAGACUCAUUUAAGUUACUAGGCCUCACUAAGAAAGAUUCAUUAAUUUUAGUGGGUCUACUCUGAGCAGAACUAGCAUUAGAUACAACCCAUUGUUCCUAUGUUAUAUAUCUGUCUUGGCUGCAAAUGUCUGUAACCUAUACGGUACAAGAUUAUCUUUCUUGUCCUCAUCUUACAUUGCUAAAAUAUUUUGGGUUGUAUCCAAUGGUGUCACUCAGCAAGGUGAAGGGGGGAAACAAUUUCUAGCAAUUCCCCAUUCCCCAAGUCCUAAAUACAGUAUUGAAUUGUAAGAUUCUCCAGAACAGAUGGGGGCAGGGAGGAAGAAGGGAGAAUUUACCAAAAUUGUUUCACUCUGCUGGUGAAACGCUCUGCUGGUAAGUGACACAGUUGGACACACCCCUCUUUGUGCAAGAUUUAACCUUUAAGAUUAAACCUCUUAAUAUUUUUAUCAUUAAUGAAAGAUUUGAACUUCUACCAAAAAAAUUAUAAUUCACAAAAUUAAAAACACCUUUUUAAUUGAUUUAAAACUUCAUUUGGUUAAUCUUAAACGGUGGGCUGGGACCUACUGAUGGGCCCUGGGCCACUUUCAGGGAGGCCACAGCAAGCCCAGUACUUGAACUACUCUCUUGGCAUACCAUAAGCUUUUGGUUGAAUCAGUGUCAGCACAGCCACCAUUUUUGCAUGCUGAGUAAAAGUUGCCAGGGAUGCAAGUUAAUAAAUAUAAUAGCAAUAAUUAACUAGGAAUAGAAAGGAAGGGAAUCGGGUAGAAGCGAAUGUAGAAACAACAGAAUGGAGGAAUGGCUGUUGGAGAUAAGAUAUGAGCUGAGUGCGAAAGGAGAAUGGGAGAAGAAAUUACAGGCGAUGAAUAAAAACACCUUUAAAAGGCAUGUAUAAAAGGGGGAAAUACCAAAGAAAACUUAUUUCCUGUUUCUGCUUAAAAUUUGGAAGUGGGUAAGUUGUGAUACUCUAGAGCAAAUGUCAGUACUUGUUUUAGGAGAGCUGAGCUAUGGAACUCCUUGCCUCAAGAAAAAUACUGUAAUCAUAUGUUUCAUAUAUCACUUAUUAGAACAUGAUUCCCAACUAAUUACGUCAAACUGUGCUUAUACCUGCCACUAUUUUUUGACUAGCUGUGCAGCUGAACAUGCUUGCAAACCUCCCUGUGAUUGGGAACACUACCUUAUCACUGUUUCUGAUAUAGAGACUAGUAAUUGCCUUCAUUCCAAAUAAGAGGAGUGAAACAUGCAUGUGCCUCACCCCCCCUUUAAGUUUAAGUCCUUAUGCAUUGUUCUGAAAACUGGGACAAAGGAUCAAACAAUAUUAUAGCUUACAGAAGCAAAGUUGCAAGAUAUACUUUGGAAUUCUAAUUAUUUUGUUUGUUACUGCCCUGUGUACUUUCAUAGAGAUCUACAGUACUUGA